AUGUCGAUUUGGUUCUCUAUAGCCAUUUUAUCUGUUCUAGUACCAUUUGUGCAAUUGACGCCAAUAAGACCUAGAUCAUGCCUUCAAGCCAAAGAAUUAGUAGCUCAGCGCAACGGCUAUUACGUACUAUUUGAUAGCACGAAUAAACCCUUCAUGACUUACUGCGAUUUUGAGUCUGAUAAAGGUUUUGCUUGGACAUUGGUCGAGUCUCUUUCUUUAGCUAAGGCAAAGACAUCUAAAUAUCAAAAAAAUUUUUACUAUGACGAAGAAUCUGAUGUUUGUACAGUCAAUUGGGCUGAAUACCGACUUUCAAAAUCUAAAAUGCUAUCAAUCUACCAAACACCUGGCUCCGAUUAUGUUCGAGCCACCUGUAAUUUUAAUGCUGGUAUAGAUGGAGGUUUAAUUGAUCAUCGUGACUAUUUCCGCGUUGCAACUUGCCGUUAUAAUAUGUUUGCCAUAUCUAAUUCUUUUGGUUGUAUAUCCCUCGAUUACUUUAAUGUACGAGGCUAUUCAUGUCGCAAAUGUUCGGUUUCAGUUUAUUACGGUAGGUCAAACUAUCACACUUUUAUUGAUGUCUCGAGAGCGACACAGAGUUGUUCAAGAUUGAAAAUACCUGAAACUAUAAAUAAUGAAGAAGCUUUUGGCCGAUACCGAACUGUUAAUCCAAAAUUUAGAUGUAGUACAAAUUCUACAUCAACUACAAAUUGGUGGUUUGGAGGAACUGUAAUCGCGUAG